GCAUAUCUACGGCUUCAUUAUAUAUGGUAUGUGUGACUCUGUUGGGCUGUUCGGCUGCCCGGCCUUUGUUGUGUUACCUGGGCCGUCAUAUUCAAUGCCAAGACGACUUGGUGAUUUCCGGUCACAGGGGUUAUAUCUUUCUAUUUUUCUCUGUCGCGCUUGUUUUGUUUUCUUGCUUCAUCAACCCGCGAAGCAUUGUCAUCCACGCGACUACUACGGCGCACCUCCACGCCAGAUUCAGAGUUUGCUCUGCCGCGAUGCGGCGUGCAUCCCCUGUGUGGAAAAGCAUGCUGUUCGGUCCGUGGAAGGAAGCGAAGCCGGCGCAGGGUGAUUGGAUCGUGGAUCUCCCCGAAGACAAACCAUGGCCGCUUGCGAUGGCUCAUGGAAUCUUUGAGAAAAUACCCAAGUAUCUCUCGCUCCAGGAACUGAACGAACUUCUCAUCCACACCGAGAACUACGAUUUGAUCCACCUUCCUGCAACCAUGGGCCGGCACCUGGCUAGAGAUCGUCAAGGCCCCGAUGUCCCACUCGCCGAAUUGGGGUCCCCCCAGGACGUGAACACCUCAUGAGGCUACAUGUCGCCUGGGAGAUGGGCUGCGAAGACAUCGUUUCUGCUGAGCUCACUGAUG